GUCCCAAUCCAACGAGCAUCAUUCAUCAACGUGUUCUCUUUCAUAAAGAUUUUACUACAAAUUAAAACAUGCAGUUGAAAAGUGCUGCAGGCCUUGUAAUUUUAAUACUCACGUGUGUGAGUGGUCAUCCGAACAUUUGGCAGAGUGACGCCCUCACUCCGGUUCAUGGGCUCUACGUGAAACCUUCGGCUGAUGGGACCAAGGGAGAUUUGUUUGUCGCAGCUACGGAAGAAAAUGGGGUGAAAUCACAAUGGACCCUCGAUCAACCGAUCAGCAUUCUGCCAGUAUCUACUCAACCACAGGCUGCAUCAGUCCCUGUGGCGUAUUCUCCUGUGUACGCGACUCAUGAAGAAAGUACACUUCAAAAGCGAUCCGCCUUGACGACCCCAACUCCCAGCGCACCCGUGCAAUACGCCUACGCUAUGCCAGUGUCGUCUACUACCCCAGUUGAGACUACUGGCACUGCAGCAUCGUACCCUUACGCCUACACAAUGACUGCGACUGCUACUGCGACUGAAACUCCUAAGUGUGAACAUCAAACAAAUGCUGUACAAUACCCUUACCAGUUUCCCUACCACAUGUUCUACCCUCAAAUGAUGAUGUCUGCUUACACCAAUGCAAUGAGCAUACUCAAAGAUGCAGGAUUUAGUGAAGAUUCAGCCAAUUCAGUGAUGGCCCAUGCUUCACCUAUGUGGUCGCCUACUUCAUACGCUUAUCCAAUGUACGUGGUGAUAGAUCCCAAACCUUGCUCCCAGGAGGAAGCUACAACUACCACUCCAACUCCUACUUCUACUUCUACUACUCCAAACUCAUCGGAAGAAGAAACUACACAACCAUAGAAAAUACUAUUUAGAUUUAAACUGUAAAUUAUUAAUAUUUAUUUCAUCUUUUAAUAAAAAUUUAAAUUGCA